AUGUCAUUGCCAGAGUCAUCCUUCCCUGUCCUGCCCGUGCCGUCCGUACCUGACCCAGACCUGGCCGACCUUAGCGGUGCCUCGGAGGCCAAGCAUCCACCACCCGCCCAUCGUGGCACCGAAUGCAUCCUGCCGGUUAUCCCUUUUGCGUCCGUAUCCGUCCAACUCUGUCCCCGCCUACUCUACCGCCUACCCCUGCGUAGGGUAGCAGCACAGCGCAUCGACAAGGAAAAGGCCGCGAAAGCCACAGGUCCAUCCAGCUCGGGCAGAGCAAGGUUCUCGACGGUAACCUACUGUGCUCGCACCACGCACCCGUCAAACACCCCCAACCUGGCCGCCAAUCCCCUGCGGUGCCUCGACCUUUCAUCCUUUUCUGGCACUGGCCGCGCCGUCACAGCAACUCCGCCAACCAACCACCCCGUUGCGCCCGUGUGCCCAUGCCUCGUCGCUUCUCGUCCCCCGCUAGCCUACACCUCGCUCGACGCUGUCCUCGCUCAACGCUAUCCUCCGUUUUCCACGGGUCCUAGUCCUGACCCUGACCCUGGCGUCCGGCCCUGGCCCUGGACCUGGCCUGCCCUUGUGUCCACCACCACCAACUCUUCCUCGUGCACGGGUAUCCGUACAUACCGCCAGCUCUUCCGUUCGCUGUGUGUGCUCGUCGACGGCCAUCAUCAACUACUUACGAAUCCUCCCUCGCCUACAUAG